UGCGUUAACACAAUUAGGACAGUUUAAAGGCUUCCACGUGUGAGGAAGGCAGUUCUUCAGCAUUCUAGGUUGGGAGAAGGUGGAGUGACAUCAUGGCUCACGGUUUGGUACUCACUGAGAAGCAGCUCGGCAGACGGCGUGCGGUUCCGGUAAUCCACGUGCAGGGGUCUCACUACGAAGUGGGGUAUGACGUGGGCCGCAUCUUCUCUUCGGUCAUCAAGAAUUUCAUCGCGACGUAUGCUAACCUACGGGACUUUGAGAAGGAAUACAAGACCGACCCCGGGAGACAAGCCUAUGACGUCACUCUGUCGAAUAUGAAGAAGAGGUAUCCGUACUACGUGAAGGAAAUGCAAGGAGUCGCGGACGGCGCUAAUGUGUCGUUUACACAGCUGUUCCUUCUGCAAAUGGACGACCUCAUUGGAACCAUCAACGACAAUCACGUGCCAAGGGACGACACUGGCGGAUGUAGUUCCAUCGGCAUAGUAACUCCUGACAGCAGCAUUCUAGGCCAUACAGAAGACGCUUUCAGUGAGACACUGAAUCAUUUCUACAUUAUGUCCGCGCACAUCAUUCCGUCACGUGAAGACAAAGAGAAUGGAGCUGUCGAAGAAAGAUUCUCGUCUCUGUGCUACGCCGGCCACUUGCCUGGCUACACGAUGGGAUUCAACGGGAACGGACUGGUUUUCUCCAUCAACACCCUCAGUCCACUCGUGUUGAAACCUGGCAACACCCCCCGAACAUUCGUCACGCGAGCGCUGUUAGCAGCUAAGAACUUCUAUGAUGCUGAAAGGAUCCUUCGGGACGAGGGUCUGGGCAUCGGCAACGGAUUCUCAGUGAACAUGCUGUGGACCGAAUCCUGGGGGGGUCGGCAUCUGUACAACGUGGAGGUGGCCCCUGACCUAAAGGCAGACCGGUCGAUUGUGAACAUCUACAAGUACGACAAAGAGCCGUUGGUGCACUGCAAUAGAUACCAACGCGUCAAUGUGACCGAAGUGAUAGGGCCUAUAAUCGACAGCAGCGCUGCUCGCUUGGAGAUAAUCCACUCGUAUCCACCACCGAAAAGCAGGAAGAACGUCCAGGACAUCCUCUCGGAUGAGACAGGGAAGGAAUUCACGGUGUUCCAGACCAAACCCGAGGCAGUCAUCAAAACAAUAGCUGCUGGUGUAUUCGAUCUGGAAAAACGCACGUGGAGCAUCUACAUUGACAAACCAAACGAGUCAGAGCCUGUUGCGGUUCUACCAAUUUCCUUUACCAUGUUAGAUAAUUCUUACUAAGCCUUAGUUUGUAGUAUAGUUUGAAAAAACGCUACCUAUUUAAUUUUAAUUGAGUGUGUAUUUGAUUUUGUCCAAUUUCAUGUGUCAAUAUUACAAAUUAGGUUAUGUAUUUAUAUAGGUUUCACCAAUAACAUAGAUAAUACCAUAAAUAAAAAAGAUUUAAAAGUAUAAUGCCCAUUUUCACCAUCAAUACCUAAUUUUUAAGUGACCCCUAUGAAAACAAAAUUCCUGUUAUUAUUACCAUAGGGGUCACUUAAAAAUUAGGGAUUGAUGGUGAAAACGGGCAUAAGUCCUCUAACUGCUUAUUGGUGAACUCAGACCUAGUAGAUUAUUUAAGUGAUUGCAAAAUGAUAUAAUAUUUAUAAUUCAAUACACUCGAGAGCAAAUGUAUGGAAUCACCCCAUUUGUUUCGAGCGAUCGUAAGAACUGAAUGAUUAAUAGAAGAUAAAAUAUAAAAAAAAUAUGGUACCACUUUAAAGGUGUUUUACAUAGUAGGUACUUUAAAUUGAUACCUAGAUACAUAUUACUUAUUUGAUUCUAUACUUUUGCUCGUGUAUAUGUUACGGUUAAUGUGAUAAAUUGAAAAUCAUUAAUAAUAACCGGUCAUUAUGAAUAAUUACCGACAUUCGCGGUAAAAGUGAUAAAUUAAUCACAUUUAACAGUGAUUAUUUAAUAAUUCAACCUUAGUGUGUGUUAAACAUCUUGUGUACGUGCUCGUGUACAGCCAAACUUUUGAACGUUAUGAUAUCAUAAUAUUAAUAUAAUUUGGCAUAAUGAGUUUGGAAUGUUUCUUGCAUAAUAUUACUUUUCCAUGAUGCCUAUAACAUAAUGUUUUGAUUUAAAGUGAAAAAUAGGCCGCCUAUUUAGUUUUAUACACACAUAAAUGACCUCAUAUUAAUCACAUUUACCAAAUCAUGCGGUAAUUAUUCAUAAUAACCGGCGAUUAUUCAUAAUUUUCACAUUUAUCCCUUUGACCGUAACAUAUAGAUUAGUUAGCUACCAUGUUUAGUAAAAUAACAUAGUAUGUUUUAAUAUUAUGUAAGUAUGAUUAAUUGUUCAUUUGAGAACAUUCACAGAACUCAAUUUUUUUAGACUUGGAUUUAUAUUGCUUGUUGUAAAGGAUUUUAAUUUAAUCCAUGAUUUCGACGAAUAUAACCAAAAUAAUGUUUCCAAUAGCGCUCAGCACUGAUGACAUUACAAGUAAUUUUUCAUGUUUUUAAAAAUGAGUUCUUUGUAUCUCAAGCUAAUUCAGCAACUCUUUAUUUAAAAGAUUGAUAAGAUUUAGGGUUUGCCCUAUUAUGUAUAUUCCGCGUUUUAAUUAGGUAAAUAACUAUACCAAUGAAGGAACACUUCUACAAAACAAAUAUGUAGAUUACUUACUUCCUACUUUAAUUAGCUACUAGAAUCCGUUUGUAAUAAAAUAAAAAUUAAUAAACUUAUUUUAAGUAA